AUGGGCGUGCUGGGCGCGAUGGGCGCGCUUCCGGCCGACGUGGACGUCUCCGUGGGGUCGGUGCUGCCGGAGGCACGCGCGCUCAAGGGCCGCCUAGAGAGCUCAACUCUCGGUGCCUCUCUGAGGCCACCCUGGGCGGCGCGCACGCCACUCAUCGCCCCAGCGGUCCUGUAUAUCGCUGGAGGGAUGCGGAGUGAGCUCUCGAGGGCGCGAAGGGGGGGAAAGGAGGUGGAACGGGGCCGGUUGGGAUGGUGCAGCGGCGGCUGCCGUGGCAGCGUGGGAGAGGCCCGCGUGGGAGAGGCCCUUACGGGUCGUAUAUCCCGCUUCAACGGCAAAAGAGGCCUCUUCCGCCGCCUCCCGGGCCGUCUCGAAGGGCCGACCAGCCCACGUCACGAGGCGCUGCUGGCGGGAGCCAAGAAGGACUCGUAA